GUACCGUACACUAUCGUCCGGGCCUCGCUGCCGGAAAGACGUGUACCUACGCUUAAAUACGAUAAAUAUGUCUGUUGCUCUAAAUAAAGGUAUCUUCAUAGUAGCGGCGAAGCGAACGCCAUUCGGCCGAUUGGGGGGCGCAUUAAAAGAUACACACCCUUCGGACUUACUUGCCAUUGCCGCCAAAGAUGCCUUCAAAGCUGGCUCUGUCGAUCCUAGCAUCAUUGAUACCGUUAAUAUUGGAAUGGUCAACGUGCUAAGUGGAUCGUCAGACGGAGGUCUGGCCCCUCGUCAUGCUGCCCUGAAGGCCGGAGUACCCCAGGAAAAGCCUGCUCUAGGUGUUAACAGACUUUGUGGUUCUGGAUUCCAAGCCGUUAUUAACAGUGCUCAAGAUAUCCUAACAGGAGCAUCCAAAGUAUCCCUUGCAGGUGGAACCGAAAACAUGUCCGCAGUUCCCUUCGUCGUGCGUAACAUUCGUUUCGGAGUUCCACUAGGAGUAAACGUCAAUUUUGAGGACAGUUUAGCCGCGUCAUCAUUGGACACGUACUGCAACUUCACCAUGCCGCAGACGGCUGAGAACUUGGCUGAGAAAUACGAGCUAAAGAAAAGCGAAGUUGAUGAUUUCGCUCUGAAGUCGCAGCAGAAAUGGAAAGUUGCUUACGAUAACGGGGUAUUUAAAGAAGAAAUGGCGCCCGUGCCAGUUAAGAUCAAGAAGCAAACGGUUAUGGUAGAAAAGGACGAGCAUCCUCGUCCAGAAACUACUAUCGAAGGUCUUUGCAAAUUACCUGUGCUCUUCAGGAAAGGAGGCGUUGUUACGGCUGGAAACUCUUCUGGAGUAAACGAUGGCGCCGGUGCUAUAGUUCUGGCUGAUGAAGAAGCGGUGAAACAGCACAACUUGAAACCUCUAGCGCGCCUUCUUGGGUGGUCUUACGUUGGAGUGGACCCUAGCGUCAUGGGAAUUGGACCUGUGAACGCCAUUAAGAAUUUGCUAGAUGUUACCAAGCUGUCUUUAAACGAUAUCGAUUUAGUAGAAAUCAACGAAGCCUUUGUUGCUCAAACCCUGGCCUGCGUUAAAGAGCUUAACUUGGACAUCAACAAACUGAAUGUAAACGGCGGAGCUACUGCCUUGGGACACCCACUCGGAGCUACAGGAGCAAGGAUUACAGCUCACUUGACACACGAGCUCAGACGGCGAGGUCUAAAGAGAGGAAUUGGCUCAGCUUGCAUUGGUGGCGGACAGGGCAUCGCUCUUCUUCUUGAAUCAGUUUAAACCAGUCAAAAUUGCAAACCAUGAAACCAAAAUCAAAAUCUUUUGACUUAAAUUUGAAAGUUACUUUAUUC